AUGGGGACGCGCGGGGCGGCCUCUCGCCACGCGGCGGGGCUCCUCAUGCUGCUCCUCCGGUGCUUCGGGCUUGCGGAGCCCUCUGUCCGCGCAGGUAAUGAUCCAUUCACCAUUGUCAAUGAAAACACAGGCAAGUGCAUCAAGCCACUGCAUGGCUGGAUAGUAGCAAAUGAUUGUGAUGAAACUAGGGACAUGUUAUGGAAGUGGGUGUCCCAGCAUCGGCUCUUUCAUUUGCAAUCCCAGAAGUGCCUUGGCCUAGAUAUUACCAAACCCACGGAUUCCUUGAGAAUGCUCAGCUGCGACUCCAAUGCCAUGCUGUGGUGGAAAUGUGAGCACCACUCUCUAUAUGGUGCUGCCCAGUACAGGCUGGCUCUGAAGGGUGGACAUGCCAUAGCCAGUACAAAUACAUCUGAUGUCUGGAAGAAAGGAGGCUCAGAAGAAAGCCUUUGUGACCAGCCUUACCAUGAGAUAUAUACCAGAGAUGGGAACUCCUAUGGGAGACCUUGUGAAUUUCCAUUCUUAACUAAUGGGACCUGGCAUCAUGAGUGCAUUCUUGACGAAGACCACAGUGGUCCAUGGUGUGCCACCACCUUAAAUUAUGAAUAUGAUCAAAAGUGGGGCAUCUGCUUAAAACCAGAAAAUGGCUGUGAAAAUAAUUGGGAAAAGAAUGAGCAGAUUGGAAGUUGCUACCAAUUUAAUACUCAGGCAGCUCUUUCAUGGAAAGAAGCUUAUGUUUCAUGUCAGAAUCAAGGAGCUGACUUACUGAGCAUCAACAGUGUUGCUGAAUUAACUUAUCUUAAAGAAAAGGAAGGCAUUGCUAGAAUUUUCUGGAUUGGCUUAAAUCAGCUGUACUCUGCUAGAGGCUGGGAAUGGUCAGACCACAAGCCAUUAAACUUUCUCAACUGGGAACCAGAUAUGCCUAGUGCACCUGUAAUAGGUGGAUCAAGCUGUGCAAGAAUGGAUGCCGAGUCUGGUCUGUGGCAGAGUUUUUCCUGUGAAGCUCAACUGCCCUACAUCUGCAGGAAACCAUUAAAUAAUACAGUGGAGUUAACAGAUGUCUGGACGUAUUCAGAUACCCGCUGUGAUGCAGGCUGGCUGCCAAAUAAUGGAUUUUGCUAUCUGCUGGCAAAUGAAAGUGAUUCCUGGGAUAAGGCACAUAUGAAAUGCAAAGCCUUCAGUAGUGACCUAAUCAGCAUUCAUUCUUUAGCAGAUGUGGAGGUGGCCGUCACAAAACUCCAUAAUGGGGAUGCCAAAGAAGAAAUAUGGAUAGGCCUUAAGAACAUAAAUACACCAACUUUAUUUCAGUGGUCAGAUGGUACUGAAGUUACUCUAACAUACUGGGAUGAGAAUGAGCCAAAUGUUCCCUAUAAUAAGACUCCCAAUUGCGCUUCCUAUUUAGGAAAGCUAGGUCAGUGGAAAGUCCAAUCAUGUGAAGAAAAACUUAAAUAUGUAUGUAAGAAAAAGGGAGAAAAACUGAAUGAUGCAAAGUCUGAUAAGAUGUGUCCUCCUGAUGAGGGCUGGAAGAGACAUGGAGAAACCUGUUACAAGAUUUAUAAGGAUGAGGUCCCUUUUGGAACAGUCUGCAAUCUGACUGUCACUAGCAGAUUUGAGCAAGAAUACUUGAAUGAUAUGAUGAAAAAGUAUGAUAAAUCUCUAAGAAAAUACUUCUGGACUGGGCUGAGAGAUGUAGAUUCACGUGGAGAGUAUAGUUGGGCAACUGUUGGUGGAAUAAAGCAGGCUGUAACCUUUUCCAACUGGAAUUUUCUAGAGCCAGCUUCUCCAGGCGGGUGUGUGGCUAUGUCUACUGGAAAGUUUCUUGGAAAAUGGGAGGUGAAGGACUGCAGAAGCUUCAGAGCACUUUCAAUUUGCAAGAAAAUAAGUGGACCCCUUGAGCCUGAGGAAGCAGCCCCCAAGCCUGAUGGCCCCUGUCCUGCAGGCUGGCAUAGUUUCCCCUCAGGUCUUUCCUGUUAUAAGGUAUUCCAUGUAGAAAGAAUCGUGAGAAAGAGGAACUGGGAAGAAGCUGAAAGGUUCUGCCAAGCACUGGGAGCUCAUCUUCCAAGCUUCAGUCAUGCAGAUGAAAUAAAGGAAUUCAUCUACUUUUUAAUGGACCAGUUCAGUGACCAGCGUUGGCUGUGGAUAGGUUUGAAUAAAAGGAGCCCAGAUUUACAAGGAUCCUGGCAAUGGAGUGAUCGUACACCGGUGUCUACUGUUGUCAUGGAAAAUGAAUUUCAGCAGGAUUAUGACAUCAGAGAUUGUGCUGCUGUCAAGGUCAUUCAUAGGCCAUGGCGAAGAGGCUGGCAUUACCAUGAUGACAGAGAAUUUACUUAUAUGAGGCCUUUUGCUUGUGAUACAAAACUUGAAUGGGUGUGCCAGAUUCCAAAAGGCCACACUCCAGAGACACCAGACUGGUAUAAUCCAGAGCGUGCUGGAAUUCAUGGACCUCCAGUUGUAAUUGAAGGAAGUGAAUAUUGGUUUGUUGCUGAUCCUCACUUAAACUACGAAGAAGCUGUCCUGUACUGUGCUAGCAAUCACAGCUUUCUUGCUACUAUAACAUCUUACACAGGACUAAAAGCCAUCAAAAACAAAAUAGCAAAUAUAUCUGGUGAGGAACAGAAGUGGUGGGUGAGAACUAGUGAGCAGCCAAUAGAUCGUCAUUUUACAUUCUCACGACAUCCAUGGCGCCACUUUACUAUGACAUUUGGAGAGGAAUGCUCGUACAUGUCUGCCAAGACUUGGAUUAUGGACUUAAGCAAACCAGCAGACUGUAGUACCAAGUUGCCUUUCAUCUGUGAAAAAUAUAAUGUAUCUCCAUUAGAGAAAUAUAGCCCAGAUUCUGCAGCUAAAGUACAAUGUUCUGGGUAUUGGAUUCCUUUUCAGAAUAAGUGUUUUCUAAAGAUCGAAUCCAGGUCUCUUCCAUUUUCUCAAGCAAGUGAUAUUUGUCACUCCUAUGGUGGCACCCUUCCUUCAGUGUUGAGCCAGAGUGAACAAGAUUUUAUCACAUCCUUGCUCCCGGAUAUGGAAGCUACUUUAUGGAUUGGUUUGCACUGGACUGCCUAUGGAAGGAUGAACAAAUGGACAGAUAACAGAGAGCUGGUAUACACCAACUUUCACCCAUUAUUGGUUGGUCGGAGGCUGAGAAUACCAGCAAAUCUUUUUGAGGAAGAGUCCCACUACCACUGUGCUCUAAUACUCAACCUCCAAAAUUCACCUUUUACCGGGACAUGGAAUUUUACUUCUUGCAGUGAAUACCACUACGUAUCUCUCUGUCAGAAAUAUUCAGAAAUUAAAGGCACACAGACCUUGCAGAAUACUUCAGAAACCAUAAAGUAUCUAAAUAACCUGUACAAAAUAAUCCCGAAGAAUCUGACUUGGCACGAAGCCCUAAGGGAGUGUCUUAAGGAUGACAUGCACCUGGUGAGCAUCACGGACCCUUACCAACAGGCAUUCCUCACCGUGCAGGCAGUCCUCUGGAACUCUCCUUUAUGGAUUGGACUCUCCAGUCAGGAUGAUGAACUCAACUUUGGUUGGUCAGAUGGGAAACGUCUUCAUUUUAGUCGCUGGGCGGAAAAUAACCAGCAACUUGAUGACUGUGUAGUAUUAGACACUGAUGGAUUCUGGAAAACAGCUGAUUGCAAUGAUAACCAACUGGGUGCUAUUUGCUACUAUCCAGGAAAUGAGACUGAAAAAGAGGUCAAACCAGUUGACAGUGUUAAAUGUCCAUCUCCUGUUCUAAAUACUCCAUGGAUACCAUUUCAGAACAGUUGUUACAAUUUUAUGAUAACAAAGAACAGACAUAUGGCAACAACACAGGAUGAAGUUCACUCUAAAUGCCAAAAACUGAAUCCAAACUCACAUAUUCUGAGUAUACGAAAUGAAAAGGAGAAUAACUUUGUUCUUGAGCAACUUCUAUAUUUCAAUUACAUGGCUUCAUGGGUCUUAUUAGGAAUAACUUAUGAAAAUGAUUCUCUCAUGUGGUUUGAUAAGACCGUACUGGCAUAUACAAACUGGAGAGCAGGAAGACCAACUAUUAAAAAUGGCAAGUUUUGGGUUGGUUUGAGUACUGAUGGCUUCUGGGAUAUUCAAACCUAUAAUGUUAUUGAAGAAACGCUUUAUUUUCACCAACACAGCAUUCUUGCUUGUAAAAUUGAAAUAGUUGACUACAAGGAAGAAUAUAAUACUACACUGCCACAGUUUAUUCCAUAUGAAGAUGGUAUUUAUAAUAUUAUUCAAAAAACAGUAACAUGGUAUGAAGCUUUAAACAUGUGUUCUCAAAGUGGAGGUCAUUUGGCAAGUGUUCAUGACCAAAAUGGCCAGCUCUUUCUGGAAGAUAUUGUAAAACGUGAUGGAUUUCCACUAUGGGUUGGGCUGUCAAGUCAUGAUGGAAGUGAAUCAAGUUUUGAAUGGUCUGAUGGCAGUGAAUUUGACUACAUACCUUGGAAAGGCCAAAAAUCUCCUGGAAAUUGUGUUGCCUUGUAUCCCAAAGGAAUUUGGAAACAUGAAAAAUGCAACUCUGUUAAAGAUGGUGCUAUUUGUUAUAAACCUACAAAAUUUAAAGAGCUGUCCCCUCAUACAUACUCAUCAAGAUGUCCAGUGGCAAAAGGGAACGGGUCACAGUGGAUCCAGUACAGGCAUCACUGUUAUAUGUCUGACCAUGCGUUGCACAGUUUCUCAGAGGCUGAACAAUUGUGUCCAAAACUUGAUCCUUCUGCAACUAUUGUUACCAUAGAAGAUGAAGAUGAGAAUAAAUUUGUGAGCAGACUGAUGAGAGAAAAUAAUAAUAUUACCAUGAGAGUUUGGCUUGGGUUAUCUCAACAUUCUGUUGAUCAGUCUUGGAGUUGGUUAGAUGGAUCAAAAGUGACAUUUGUCAAAUGGGAAAAUAAAAGUGAGAGUGAUGAUGGAAAAUGUAGCAUUUUGUUAGCUUCAAAUGAAACUUGGAAAAAAGUUGAAUGCUCACAUGGCUAUGGAAGAGUUGUCUGCAGAGUUCCUCUGGGCCCUGAUUACAGAGGAAUAGCUAUCACAUUUGCGGUACUAAGCAUCUUAGCGCUCAUCAGCGGGCUGAUUUGGUUCCUCUUCCAAAGGAACCGUUUCCACUGGGCAGGCUUCUCAUCAGUUCGGUAUGAGCAAGGAGUGAAUGAAGAUGAGAUUGUGCUUCCUUCUUUCCAUGACUAA